AUGGAAAUACAGUGUGGCUCUGUGAUUUAGCGUGAGAGGUCAAAACUGCAUGAUACAUCACAUUUGUAGUGACAACUUUAGCUAGCUACGUAAGCUAAUCGCUAACGCUAGCAAGGCAAACGGAUCAUGUUGGUCAAAGUCAAGUUCAGAGGCAUCCAGAAAUUCAUUAGCAUUUCCGAAGCCAAGCUCAGUGAACUGCUUGAGUGUGCAUUCCAGAAGUUUGGCAUCUCCCUCAGCCAAUUGCCUAAUGCAAAGCUCUUUGAUGACUCCAAAACUGAGGUUGAUCAUGAGGUGUUUGAAGAAGUGAUCGGUGCAAAUACUGGUGUUUAUGAGCUAUCCAUUGAUGGUGUCUCUGAAGGUUUUGUUUCUGAGGCACCAGCUGUUGGCCAGUCGACACCUGUAAGUCAAGAGGACUCUGAUACUGACUCUAUUGUCAUUGUGAGCGAAGAAAGUCCCCAGGGGAAACGGUCCAGACCAAAUAGAUCUGAUGCCCAUGCUUUGGUUGACGAAAUACUUCGCAAGAAACCUGGUGGUGAUAAUGUCAUUAGGGAGUAUGACAGAACAAAAAUGUUGUCAGACAGUACACAGCGGAAAAUGGUGAACAUUCUAGUAGCUGAAAUGAUGGAGAAGCAUGGAAAAAUGCCACCACGCCAUGUAAGAGAAAUGUAUGCACGGGGAAUUAUCGAGCUCUUUCCAUACCUGAGGGAUCCCCAAGCAAAACAUGGCUACGAACAUUACUAUGAUUCCCAGAGCGGCCAGGGUUACCUCAGUUGGCGAAUAAAGACAGUCCAGAGAAACAGCUCGCACGGAAAAUCACCAAUCUCCAUCAAGACAUUUGAUGGAGGUCCAACAGCACAAAGACAAGUUGCAGGCACCUCACAACACUCUGAUGAAGACUGCGUCAAUGCAAUCUCCCUGAUGAAGCAUAGUGUUGAUGAAGAAACAGUCAAGCAGAAAAUGAGGAGUACCUUUCGGUAUCGAAGGAAUAUGGUUGAAGAUCCUGUAAGAUGUGGCGAUGUCCUGGCAGAAUACCCACGUUUUAAAGAUGUGAAAGGCCUAAUUGAACAGGACUUUGUGGAGCUGUUUGGAGAGGCCACAAGCAACACAUUUAAGGAGAGAUGGCCCACCGCCUUCAAAGACAAAAUCAUCGCCCAAAGUAAGGGACUACACCGCACAGCUGAGCUCCAAGAACUCAUUGAUGUUGCUGAAUCAUCUGACCAUGUCAAUAGUGAUCGUGAAGAUUUGGGAUGGGACAGUGACAUGUCUGGAAUCCUCCUCCUCCUGUAUCUAUUUCCACCUUCAGCACAGGGUCGCAAGCGACCUGGCAAGAUGGCGGCGGCUCAAGCAGAGAAGCUUCUCGUGGUGUUUCAGAAGACAGGAACCAGCAUACAACAGCACCUUGAUUCCAUCGAAGAGAGAAGACAGCCCUAUCUUCUUGCCACCGGUACCAAGAAAAGUCGCAUCCAUGGCUACUACAUCAUACUGGACAAGCAAGCCAUAGCGUGUCAGGCUGUGAGUGCUGUUGGAGCAUUUGAUGAACUUUUUAAAGCUCACUUUGUAUUUGGCACAUCCUAUAACAAUGCGCUGUACAAAAUGUACACUUUCAUUCAGACCACAAUUUUUGAAAUAGACAUAGGGAAGGUUAGAGAGACUCCUCGGGUUGCUGAACUCAGAGCAAGACUGCUCCACUAA